AUGGUGGCUACAGGGCGUUGGUUCCGUAAUCCAGAGCGUUACCCAAACGAGCUGAAGCGUCAUAUUCCGGCAGCGCACGAGCAGUUCCAGCGGGCUCUUGACCGGCUGCAACAGGAAAUCUUUCUUGCCAAAGCUCUGCUGGAGAUAGACUACCAGGAUAUCCGUGAGAAGAAGGCGGAGCUGAACAGAGCUCAACAAGGGGAAGCGGAUGCUCCAGCAGCCAUCCCAGCUACGUCCGAUAUUACAGAUGCAGCGCCUAUUCCGUCAACAGCUCCAUCAGCGGUCCAGCCAACGAAUGCACCAGUCAUCGAUGGACCUCUGCAACCGACUACACAGUCGCCGACUCUGACUUCCACAUCCGCUCCCGCUCCCGUCACACGGCCAGCAGACACACAAGCACAGGCACAGCCUGCAGCAUCAUCACCUGCAAUACCAGUUAUGAAUCCCUCUACAACAUCACCAUCUGUCACCACAGCGCCGGUGCAGGUGGCAUUAACGACAACCACACAAGCAGCUCAACCUCCCGCCGUUGCAACCGAAGGCUUACCAGACCCUACCAUCCCCGACACGUCGGCCAAUGUACAGCCUAUCACGGCCGAGCCCAUGGCGCACACUCAGAGUAGUAUCAGCCAUGCCUCAGGCUCAAUAGGUUCGCUUCUCCCAGGAUUAGAAACUUACGCCAACGCCGGUGACGAGGCUAUCUUGGACCUUCUGCCGUCAACCGGGCAGCCCAAUGACCAAGCUAACGGCCAGUCCGGCACUCAACAGAACAACCAGAAUAAUGCAGAGAACAGAAAUAAUACUACGACAGAGAAUCCCCGGCGUGAUGUAGUGAUGGACGACGUGCCUGAAUCGAAUUUUGAUGACUUAUUCGUCGGGUCUGGAGACUUUGGCGGCGACGCUGAUGACUUGAUAAUGAAUACUGCUGAGACAACGGAACUAGACGACUCAUGGUUUCAGUAA